AUGUCUACCUUCCAGUCAGCAGAAAGCAAACCCUUCGCCUUCCUCGAAAGAUAUCGCAAACAGGGUGGACUCUGCGACUUCACAUUCUUUGUGAAUGGCGUGUACUUUCGGGCGCACAAGGUUGUUCUUGCAGCCACGAUCCCCUUCUUCAGAGACGUAUUCCUACAGGGCGGACAAUGUGCUGAAUUUGAUCAAUUAUUGCAGUUUUCCCCCGAGUUACUAGAAACGAUAAUAAGUUUUGCUUACAAUGGAUGGAUUGAAGUUACGGAAGCCAACUUGUGUAAACUGUUGGACGCGGCUAAAAAACUGCAAAUGGGCAGUCUGAGUAUGCGGUGUGCAGAAUACAUUUCGACGCAGUAA